UUAAUGUUUUGACAAGCAGCUCAGAGGCAGAGGAACAGGAGUGUGCGUCAGCUGGUCGUCCAUGAUUCGAAUUAGGAUGAUUCUAACGCUUCGUGGCGCUUUAGCGGGUUUACACACACAGGUCAGGCUUUAGUUGGGAUGUUUGCUGUGGGUUUAGUGAGCUGGGUGCUGGUUGUUUAGGGGAUUUAACUUAGUUCAGCUAGUUGUGAUUAGUGAACAGAGCAGUGGUGUAAAGAGGAAGAUGGGGUUUGGGACAGCUGGCAUGGCCGGAUACACACACUUGUGAGCAUUGUGAUGAGAGAAUGGUGUGUUGAUGGAGAAUUAGAGUCGCAGUGAAGACAUUGAGGCUUUUGCUGCAGGUGUGUGUGUGUGUGUGUGUGUGUGUGUGUGUGUGUGUGUGAGAUAGAGAGAGAGGGAGAGGGGUGUCAGGGUGUUAUGGAGGGUUGGGAUGGUUCAUAACGCGUGUGUAUGUGUGCAUUUGGUCAGAGAUUGGUGUUAGUGCUUUAAUCAAGGUUCAAGUGGUGUUGGCAUAGGCCAUGAAGACAUGGACACACACACACUCACACACUCUCUCACUCUCAGACACACACACACUGUAUACACAGACACACACUGCAGCUGUGGGCAAGGUGACUUCUCUGAAUAAUCCUCAUUUGCACGAGUGAUUUGCGGGACUGUGGAGCUGGUAUCAGUCUCCUGGAGCUGCUGAUGGUGUGUGGAAGCUCAGGGGUGUGAAGGAGAGACUCCUAGAAGGGUUUUUAGAGCCAGAGCCUGAAGUGUGCAGAAGGAGGACUGAGCCGAGGCGAGCUGGAGGACGACACGGAGGGAAGCAUGAAGCCUGAGAGAGAAGCGGUGGAGGAGUUUUUUGAGUAUGACGCCGAGGAGUUCCUGGUGUCCCUCACGCUCCUGAUCACAGAGGGCCGGACUCCGGAAUGUUCCGUGAAGGGUCGAACCGAGGGCCUGCACUGCCCCCCCGCGCAGUCGGGUGGACCGGUCCUCACCAAACACGAAUGCAGCGACAAACUGCCUCAGUGUCGCCAGGCGAGGAGGACGAGGUCAGAGGUCAUGUUGCUAUGGCGAAAUCACAUCCCUAUCAUGAUCGAAGUGAUGCUGCUGCCUGACUGUUGCUACAGCGACGAGGGUCUGGCGACGGACCUGAACGACCCGGCGAUUAAACAGGACGCUCUGCUGCUGGAGAGAUGGACACUACAGCCUGUUCCGAGACAGAGUGGGGAUCGGUUUAUCGAGGAGAAGACUCUGCUCUUGGCUGUACGUUCCUAUGUGUUUUUCUCUCAGCUGAGCGCCUGGCUCAGCGCCUCUCAUGGCAUCGUGCCCAGGAACAUCCUCUAUAGAAUAAGUGCAGCCGAUGAAGAGCUGAUAUGGAAUUUCUCCCAGUCGCCCUCGGAGCACGCCUUUCCAGUGCCCAACGUGUCCCACAGCGUAGCGCUGAAGGUGCGGGUUCAGUCGUUGCCCCGCCAGCCCAAAUACCCCGUGUUGAAGUGCAGCAUCCACUCCGACCUCUCGUUCCUUGGCAAACGUACCCACGACCCUACGAAGGGGCCGUUAGCGGGUGCAUACAGCCGGGGUCAAACCGUCAGUGACCCUCCGAACCCCUUCAGACUCCAGAGUUCACCUCUUUUAUGCAGACGCUCCCCGUUACCCUCUCAUGAUCGAACCAGCCCCCUGAACCAGCGUAAAUGCCCCGAAUCGCCCAUCCUACCUGGCAAAGCCGCAAAGCUGCUGUUCUCCAGAACCAACGGCGUCUUGGAUAGCUCAGGAAAGACGACGAGUGUGGAAUUGCCUUCACCGUCUUCGUCUCCGACGCGCGAUUUCAAAUCGCUCUCAAAUCCCUUGUUUUCAAACCCCAGCCCGAGUCCUCGCUCUUCCUCAGUUGAAACGAACCCCUUGAUUGGUUCGCUGCUCCAGGAGAGGCAGGAAGUAAUCGCUCGCAUCGCCCAGAGGCUGAAUUUCUGCGACCCGACAUCACCUCAUCUUCUUCCCGACGCUCUCUUCACAUCUCCAGGGGAUGAAGGGCCAUUCAAGAAGACCAAAGAUCCUCCCAGUCUCCAGACGAACGACAGAAGUGGGUCAAGGAACGGAGAGUGGAGCCAGACUUCUUUCUUUCAAACUCCGCUGAGCCCCAGGAGCCGGUCUCGAGUGGACCGAGGCGAACCGGAUGAGUCCAGGACUUCACCCAGACCCACGUCCUGUAGGCGGCUUCUGCUGUCGCCUGAUUCGAAAGAAGGUUCUAUGAUCGUCGAAGCUGUCCAGGACAUCUCGCGUUUGAUUCAGGAGCGUCUUCAGCUGUCGCAAGAGCUCCUGCACGCCAAAUACAAACAAUGCCGCGAGUCAUCGACAACCACAUCCUCGCAGAACCAAAACCAGACCCAGAGCCAUAGACAGAAUCAGAAUCAAAGCCAGACACAAAACCAGAACCACCAGCUUAGAACCAACAGUCAUGCUAGCCAUGCUAAUGGAACUAUAAACAUAGCCAAUGGCGAAACCAGCUCAAAGCUUCGAGUUCACACGGAGACACUUGAGAGACGGGCCUUGUCUGAAAACCAGGCCCGGUCUGGACCCCCGAACAAAGAACCCAGUAUCACUAAACCUCAGCCACUUACACAAACCAGCCAUGCAUACGGUGCCAAAAACGAUCCCUGGACUUCUUCACUCAAUAGCCCUAAAAGCUCCCACAGUCUGAAUGGAGUGGCAGGAGUCGACGAUCUCAACCACCUUCAGGACCUUCAGGACCUCCAGUUUGGGAAGGAAAACCAGGGCAGAAGAGUAGAAACACAGCUCCAACCAGAGUCCACCGUGCCUGGUCAGGAUGAGGACCAAGAUCCCUGGUCCUCCCUCUCCAGCACACCCACCAGCCUUAAUACCCAACACUCCCCGAGCCCAGACUGGACUCUGAACACCACCACACCCACCACGUUGCGAAGCCCCGCCUCCUCACUGAAGCCAUGCAGUAGUAACUGGAAGAAGCAGAACAGACACUCCAUCGACGGGACGGCCACGAGAGCGUUCCACCCCUGCACCGGCCUGCCCCUGCUCUCCAGCCCGGUCCCUCAGAGGAGAAGUCAGACGGGAUAUUUUGACUUGGACACGUCUCUGAUUCAGUGUAAAGGAGCACCGUGGGCCUCCAGUAAGAGAGUGUGUUUGAAGAGAUAUGAAGACUCAGAGGAACCUCAGCAGCUCCUGAGCGCCAGCGCCCCUCCUGCCAGUCUCAGCCUUCUGGGAAACUUUGAGGAGUGUGUCCUAAACUACCGCUUGGAGCCGCUCGGUAACGUCGAGGGUUUCACAGCCGAAGUCGGUGCCAGUGGUUCGUUCUGCCCGAGUCACAUGACCUUCCCGGUAGACGUGUCGUUCUACAGCGUGUCGGACGAUAACGCUCCGUCUCCCUACAUGGGGGUCAUAAACCUGGAGUCUCUGGGCAAAAGGGGCUAUCGAGUGCCUCCAUCAGGAACUAUUCAAGUGACCUUAUUUAACCCCAAUAAGACGGUGGUGAAGAUGUUCGUGGUGAUGUACGAUCUGAGAGAAAUGCCAGCCGGCCAUCAGACAUUCCUGAGGCAGAGGACUUUCUCCGUCCCCGUCAAACGCGAAUCAAACGGACUAAACCACAGGAAGCCCCUCCCCCCUGGCCAGGGGCGGACCCUGCGCUACCUCAUACAUCUGAGGUUCCAGAGCUCCAAAUCUGGAAAGAUCUACCUCCAUCGAGACAUCCGGCUUCUGUUCUCACGCAAAUCCAUGGAAGUGGACAGUGGUGCUGCCUACGAGCUCAAAUCCUUCACCGAGUCUCCAGCCGAUCCUCCUUUCUCCCCGAGAUGCUGAUCAGAUCACGUCCUGUCUAAUGAUGUGUUCCCACUGCAGCACAGGGGCCUUGCUCAAGUCUGAUCUCACACACACACACAGACAGAGUUUAUUCGUAUUCUUCUCACUCUUUCUCUUUCUACAUCCCUCAGUUUCUCUCUUUUUGUCUCUUUAGUUCUCUUUGUGUCUGUUUUCCUCUUUUUUUCCUCUUUAUCUCAAUUAUUUCUUUUUUAGCUUAUUUGUCUUCUUCCUUUUAUUUCUUUGUCUCUCAUUUUUGGCUGGUUUUGUUCUUCUUUUUCCAUCAUUGUUUUUAUAUUUUAUGCCUUCCAUUUUCUUGGUCAUACACCCCCCCAGCCCCGCCCCCAUCUCUUUCUCUUUCAUUCUUUCUCUGUCUCUCUCUCUCUCUCUCUCAUUCUUUCUUUCUUUCUGUCUGUCUGUCUGUCUCUCUCUUUCUCUAUAUAUAUCUGGUUAUAUCUGUCUCUCUCUUGUCUUUCUUUCUUUCUCUGUCUGUCUCUCAUUUUUUCUCUCUCUCUCUCUCUUUUCUCUCUCUCUCUCUCUCUCUCUAUCCUCUGUGCUUCAGUGGGGACUUUGUGUAUCUGACACAGUUUUGAAGCUCGUCCCGGAGCUUCGGUGCUGUUUGUGGGGGGAAAAAAAAAACAUACCGAAGUUUAAAAGAAAAAAAAACUAAAACGAUAUGGACCAUUUUUUUUUUUUUUUAAACGACAGUAAAAAAGAAAAGAAAAAAAACCAAGCAGAAGCAGAUGAACAGAGUAAAGAGUUUGGAUAGAGCACUGUGUUCCUCCACCACAACUGGAAAAGGAAAUUAGUCAUAUUCUACUAUUUCUCUUUUAUUUCCCUUUUGUUUUAUUUUGUACCGAACCACUUUAAUCGGAAGUGUUGCAAUAGAGAAAAAGAAUAUCUUAACUAGCGUAGUGUUUACAUAUUUACUUUGUCAGUUAUUUAAUAUUUAAAAUGAUAUUUCAUUUACUGCACAUGUGACUCCUGUCGUGCUCAGCAUUAUGAUGUAGUGCAAUAUGUUUCAAUCAUACCAUGUAUUUUUGACUAAUAUUCAGAACUGAAAUAAAAGAAAUAUAUCUAUAUAUAUAUAUAUAUAUCUAUGAAGAAGAGUGAG